GCCGCCUUCCCGGAGUCCUUUGCGCGGCACCUGGCGACAAAAUGGCUGCCCGAGGGAGACGGGCGGAGCCUCCGGGCCGGGAGGCGCCGGGCCCCGCGGGCGGCGGCGGCGUCGGGAGCCGAUGGGCUGAGUCGGGGCCCGGGACGUCGCCCGAGAGCGGGGACGAGGAAGCGUCGGGCGCGGGUUCUAGCCCAGUGUCGGGCGGUGUGAACUUGUUCGCCAACGAUGGCAGCUUCCUGGAGCUGUUCAAGCGGAAGAUGGAGGAGGAGCAGCGGCAGCGGCAGGAGGAGCCGCCCCCGGGCCCGCCGCGACCCGACCAGCCUGCUGCCGCCGCGGGCCCUGGGGAUCUGAAGAGGAAGGGCGGCCCGGGCCCCACGCUCAGCUUCGUGGGCAAGCGCAGAGGCGGAAACAAACUAGCCCUCAAGACGGGAAUAGUAGCCAAGAAGCAGAAGACGGAGGAUGAGGUAUUAACAAGUAAAGGUGAUGCGUGGGCCAAGUACAUGGCAGAGGUGAAAAAGUACAAAGCCCAUCAGUGUGGCGAUGAUGAUAAAACUCGGCCCCUGGUGAAAUGACCCCCUUCCCCCGCCUGCCUACGGCCUGGGACUCUCUGCGAUGUACAUAACUAUUUAAUGCAGCGGCAGCGGCGGCAGCCUUUCCCCCCAAGGACUUCUACACAGAAGGAAAUCGAGAUGCUUCCCGCAGCCGCGGAUGGUUCUCCAGGACUCUUUUUUACCUUGAGCACUUGCCUCCUGAGACUUCUAGAACAGUGGUUUACUGUCCCCUCUCCUCCCACCUCCUCGCUCUCUCUGGCUCUUUCUGUCUUCCUCACCCCCAACCCCACUCCACCCCUCCUUAGCCAUCACUUCUGGGAAGUAAAGAACUUGACUUAGUGCCGGA